AUGGUAUUGACAGGUCCUGGAUCAGUGGUAGAAUAUUUGUUUUUGAAAGUGAGCGGUCUGAAGGCCGAAAGCUGGAGAGCUAAUAAAUGUCAUAUUUUCACUUUCACUGAUAUGAGAAUGUUGUCUAUAAAAUUAAACUUUGAAGAACCGCCAACAAACAUCUCUGUAGGAGUAUUAAACGUUGUUCCCACUCUUCGUCACAAAGUUGACAACGAAGAUCCAAAUCUUCUUCUGCCCUACAUUGAAUUUGAAUGCAAAGAAACAUCAAAUAUUGAAAGACCGGAGCAUCUUUAUUAUUCUACAUAUUGGACCAUCAAUAGAAAAACAGCAUUUAGCUUUGAGAGAAACGAGGGAAUAAUAUCAUUACUAGAAGAACAACUUCAGAAAGAGAAAAUCAGUCUUGGGAUAACGGUGCAAAAAAAUAUUGGAACACAUUCACGUCAAACACGCUCGAGUAACGUUUGCUUUAAGCACGCUGACAUUCAUAUGGGGACAGGGGAUUUUGAUUUCCGUGAACUAUACGGAACAUUCCAGAUCUAUAAAAGCAAUGAUUUAAAAGAUAAAAGCGGAAUCAAGGUGUCUACAAGGAGUUUUGUAGAUGCAUGGAGACGACGUACAACUGACGUUGAUUAUUUAGAGCCAAAGUGUCUCGAUAACGUAAACAAAUGGACAGACAGAAGAUAUCAUCAACAUUGCGUAUGUUAUUGUGCAGAUUGUACAGAAAUUAAAAACACAGCAGUUUGCUCACCAUCGCAGUAUGUGAAUUGUACUGUCGACAAAAAUAGAGCAAUAGAGCUUUGCAAACAACAAAAAGUAGUGUGUAGGUCAAUACAAAGGCAAAGAAGAUCUUCAUUUUCUAGCGAUCCUAUUGCGGAAAUGAGAAGAAGAGCUGCUCUUUCUUAUAAAGUUAAACCUGUUGCUAAGGUUCAAACAAAUAAUGGAACACGUCAACCACACACGAGUAACGUUUGCCUUUUGAACUUUAACAUUCAUAUGGGGACAGGGGAUUUUGAGAACACCUGUGGACUAUGCGGAACAUUCCGCACAAAGAUUUACAAGAUAGCAGUGGAAUCAAGGUGUCUACAAGGAGUUUUGUAGACGCAUGGAGGAAAUAGGUUUAAACUAAAUGGAGUGUGCAUGAUUUCUAUAUGCUCUAAAUUGUCUUUAACGAAAUAACAAAAAAUAUCAUUGACAUUUUUUACAUGCAUAUAGUUUAAAUGAUUUUGGGCAGCUUAAUAUGUGCUCAUAAGUUUUUUUAUCAUACAUUCUUAAUUUCAACAAAUUUUGAACAUGUCUUUUCGAAGUACCUGUAAAAGUUGUUUUACUUGAAUGUGACUAAUAGUUUUAAAUUCAUGCUCAUUGUAAGCUUUAUAACUAUUUUAGCUUCCGUUCGAUUUUUUUUAUGUAUUUAGACUACGUACAACUGAUGUUGAUUAUUUAGAGCCAAAGUGUCUCGAUAACGUAAACAAAUGGACAGACGAAGGACGUCAUCAAUAUUGUAAUUGUAAAUAUUGUACAGAUAUUGAACACACAGCAGUUUCCUCACCAUCGCAGUAUGUGAAUUGUACUGUCGACAAAAAUAGAGCAAUAAAGCAUUGCGAAAAACAUAAAGUAAUGUGUAGGUCACAACAAAGGCAAAGAAGAUCUUCAUUUUCUAGCGGUCCCCAUGCAGAAAUGAGAAUAGCUGCUCUUUCUUAUAAAGUUAAACCUGUUGCUAAGGAGGGUGCAACAUUUUUUCUGCGUUUACAAUGAUUCUCCCUUUCACUUUGAGCUGAAAGUUAAAAAGUUUGCAUUACUCUAUUCGUCCAGAAUUAACAUUGCUUGUGAGUUGGGGUU